AUGGAAGACAAGGAAGGGCUGCUUUUCCUUUCAGACCGCAUAUGCUCGCGACUUUUCGCCAUAGUCCAUGGCAUCAAGGCGCAGGCCGAAGCCGCCGAAUCACUCUCGCCCGCCAUCCGUAGUGCCGACUCGACUUCUCAAUUCUCCUCGAAUCCUUCAUCGCUCCAGCUCGAAAUUGAUCACUUGUCCGUGACGAACCCGAACCAAGUCGGCACGACGAACGCGCUCGGCUUCGCCACCUCGCCGAUCCAAGCGCUUCUUGAAGAAAUCGAGGCCAAAUACUCGACCUAG